AACCCCACCGCCGACCGCCCGGAGAGCCUCCUCCCCAGCUCCAGCCUUUCUUGCGCCCACGCGUGGUUGUCGUUACCGAUGGGCCCAAGCAGGCUUUUCCGGAAGUCCCGCCCCUUAGCCGAGCGACUACACACAGCAGCUGCCAUUCACCCUCUCCCUGCGAGCAGGGAGCUGAGCCUACACCCCGACCUCAGGGCGCCCUUCCCCCAACCUUUCACCUCAAGGCGCAGCCGCCAACUCCCUGUGAUGGGCAAUCGGAAAUCGGCUACUCCGGCCUGUCUCCGCCCAGAAGCGCGCGCUUUGAGUGCCGGGCCGAGCCCUUGCUCCCGCGCGGUUGGCAGUCGUGGUCUUUCGACUGUCUUUCUCGGUUUAGGAUCCCGCCGGAGCCCCUAUGGGCACGGCUACUUCCUUCUUUCUACCCACUCUAAUAACUUCUUUAUCCACUAUGCUGGCUUUGCCUUAGGAUUCCUAGCCUUGUUCCUGCCCCAGCUUGACUUUUUUCGAGGCGCCGUUGGGGAAGCCUCACGCGGGAGCCCUGUCCCCAUGAAGAUCCCACUGGUAACUCUACAGCUCCGUCACCAUGAACGGGGUCCUGAUUGCCCAUACCCCCAUCGCUGUGGACUUCUGGAGCCUGCGCCGGGCUGGUUCCGCGCGGCUUUUCUUCUUGUCCCACAUGCACUCGGACCACACCGUGGGCCUGUCUAGCACCUGGGCCCGGCCCCUCUACUGCUCCCCAGUCUCUGCCCACCUCUUGCAUCGUCGCCUGCAGGUACCUAAGCAGUGGAUCCGAGCCCUGGAGGUUGGUGAGAGCCACGUACUGCCUCUAGAUGAAAUUGGGCAAGAGACCAUGACUGUAACCCUCAUCGAUGCCAAUCACUGCCCUGGCUCUGUCAUGUUUCUCUUUGAAGGAUACUUUGGAACCAUCCUCUACACAGGUGAUUUUCGAUAUAUACCAUCCAUGCUAAAGGAGCCGGCCCUGAGAUUGGGGAAGCAGAUCCAUACCUUAUACCUAGACAACACCAAUUGCAACCCAGCCCUGAUUCUUCCUUCCCAACAAGAAGCUACCCGCCAGAUUAUCGAACUCAUUCAGAAGUACCCACAACAUAAUAUAAAGAUCGGACUCUACAGCCUGGGAAAGGAGUCUCUGCUGGAGCAGCUGGCCCUGGAGUUUCGAACAUGGGUGGUGUUGAGUCCUCGGCGCCUGGAGUUGGUGCAGCUGCUGGGUCUGGCAGAUGUAUUCACAGUGGACGAGAAUGCUGGCCGCAUCCAUGCCGUGGAUCGUACGGAGAUCUGCCGUUCCACCAUGCUGCACUGGAACCGGACCCACCCUACCAUUGCUAUCCUUCCCACAAGCCGGAAAAUCCACAUCUCCCACCCUGAUAUCCACAUCAUCCCUUACUCUGACCAUUCCUCCUACUCUGAGCUUCGUGCCUUUGUGGCAGCGCUGAAGCCUUGCCAGGUGGUGCCCAUUGUCAGUGGACAGCCUUGUAGGCGCUACUUUCAGGACAGCCUGAGCCCCAGGCUCCCUAUGCCCUUGGUUCCAGCCUCUGUGCGACGAUACAUGAGUUUCUCCUCUAGAAAACAGAGCUUCCUGUGGCUGCUAAAAAGGAGGCUAAAGAAGCCGAGAACCCAGGGUGUUGUGUUUGAAUCCCUUGAAGAAAAUGCUGAUCAAUGUCAACCUGACAGGAACUCAAAGGUCAAGAAAGAAAACCUUUCUCCCCAGCCUGGGAACCCUGAGCAGCAGCCCUCCCUCUGUACUUUACGGAUCAAGGAGCAGUUGUUGCCAGACCUCUACAGCAAAGAAUGGGAUGGGUUAGUCCCUUUCUCUGAGUCUCAGGGGAUGGCAACUGUGGUGACUGCCCCCUUGGGCUUGUCGGUGCAGUUAAGGUCUACAGAUGAGGAGUUUACCUCUUCAAAAACUGGGGAAGAAAUUGGUUUAGGGCCCCACUUGGUACCCAGUGGAGACAAUGAUGGCCCAGCAACCACAAGGAACCAGAGCACUUGGAUGGGCCAGAAGCCUCUUCAGUCUCCCAGCAGCAGGGCUGCCCCUCUUCUGACUACCAAGUUCAGGGGCCUGGCGCUGAAAUACCUCCUGACUCCAGUGAACUUUUUCCAGGCAGAGUUCUCUUCCAGGAGCUUUGACCAGCAAGUGGAAAAAUACCAUAGAGCCCUCGCUGAAGUACAGAGGAGAGCACAGAAUGAUCCCCUUGUUUGAUCCAGCACUGCGGUUUUGAAGAUAGUGAGCGAUGGCGCUAUUUGUUUUGGGCCUUGCUUUUCUAUCUUCCCAGGAUCCCUGAGGGCUCACCUGCACCAGCACUUCCCAGUCCCUAUGGAAUCUUUAGCUUUAUAGUUGAGUAUGUCUGAAAAGCACUUGUCAUAACCCCUUCACAGUAUACAUGAGUACUUUAAAGGUCCUGAGAAGUCCUGUGGGAACUUAAUCUGUUUAAUUUUAUUUAAUCCAGUAUUUUUCAAGAUUUUUUCAACAUGCAGCCCUCUUAUAUGUGUGCAGAACAGAGAUAGAAUCAAGGAAGAGCAGAUUAUUUCGCAUUGUUAUUUUGUGUGUCAUGUCCCAUCUGCUGUGUUCCCUUCCCCUUCUUCUUCCCAGACUAAAGUCCCUAGGUAGUUCUAUUUUUAAGUUAUGAACAAACUGUGGUGCUAGAUAGUCAAUGUGAGUUGAUUAAGUAGUGGCCCAGGCAGCACGUCCCAAUCCUGAAUGUCACUGACUUGCUGUGACCCCAUCCAAGUGAUUUCCUGUUACUGCCUCUCGGAGGGAACCGGAAGCAACGAAGAGGCUUUCUUGGAUCAGUGGUGAAAAAUUCCACCCCUGAUUCCGUCGUGAAGGACUACAGUUAGUGUCAUGGGUACCCAUCGAAGCAGAGCCAGCUGGGGGAUAGGCAGCACUCAUCAAGGCAGUACCUGUAGCCGAGCUGAACAGUAAGGCUCCCAGCUGUUUGGGGUCCCUGACAAUUUGGCUGAAAUAAAGUUACAAAAGAUCAAAUGUGCUGCCAGCUAUUCCUCUGAUCGUUCACAUAGCUGUGAUGUUUGUUGCUUCCCCUCUUCCCCCUGGGUUGAGUUGAGUAGGGACCAGGAGCUCACAGCCUGUGUGUUUUCGUAUCCAGGGAAGAGACCAGGUUGCCAGCUGGCUGCAGGGGGCGGGAGUGUGCAGUUCUGCCCUGUCCUUCUGCUUCAGACCUGACAAAAUGCCAAACCAGUAAGCAGGCCAGCAGAUACCACGGCUGUGACGGAAAGGGCUCAGAGAGAGGGCCCAGGCUUGUAGAGCUGGACACGUGAAGAAAAACUGCUUCAGACUGGAGCCACAAACCUUAGAAAUGAAGAAGGCUCUGUUCUCGUCUGGGGCUGGUAGGACGAGGGCAGCGGUGUUUUCUACUUUUGGAAGGAGAUACGAAGAGUUUAGAAAGCAAAAUAAAGUCUUGCUUUUGAGCAGGCUGUACACAGCUCUGUUUCGUCAGUGACCUUGGCUAUGAGCCUCCCGUGGGCCUACUAAAAGAUGCAGCAGGCGAGUCAUAUGGUGCAGCAGGAAGACUUGAAUCCAGGGCACCCUGGGCCAACUGCUGAAAUAGUGGAGCCUCAGUUCCUCAUCUGUAAAACAGACUAAAAUACCUGCCUCUCAUAACUGCCCUGGAGAUUAAAUAGUUGGUAAAAUCCUAGCUCAGUGCCUAGUACAUGAAUUUUGUUAGCUGACAUUGAGUCAGGUCCAUCUCAUGGCGACCCUGUGCACAAGGAGAUGCUUCCUGGUCCUGUGCCAUCCUCAUGAUCAGUUGGGGAUAGGACAGUUGUGAUCCAUAGGAUUUUCUUUGGCUGAUUUUCAGAAGUAGAUUGCCAGGCUUUUCUUCCUGGUCUGUCUUAGUCUAGAAGCUUCGCUGGAAUCUGUUCGGUAUCAUAGCAACACACAAGCUUCAACUGACAGACAGGUGAUGGCUGCGUAUUAGGUGCACUGGUUGGGAAUUGAACGCAGGUCUGCUGUGUGGAAGGUGGGAAUUCUACCACUAAACCACCAGUACUUUAUUAGCACAUGAUACCAAAACCAUUACCCUUGAGUUGAUUCAGACUCACAGCAACCCUAUAGGACAGAGUAGAACUGCACCAUAAGGUUUCCAAGGAGUGACUGGUGGACUUGAAGUGUCAACCUUUUGGUGAGCAGCCAUAGCUCUUAACCACUGCACCAGGGCUCCUAGCACACGAUACCCCGUUGCCUUUGAGUUGAUUCCGACUCAAAUGUUGGUUCUCUUAGCUUCUGGUUCUUUAAAAAAUACUAUUCUGUAUAUAAAAAAAGAAACUUUGGAAAUCAUAAAAAUAUAAAGAAGAAAAAAGCAAUUAUUUCUCCAUACACAUCAAUUGAUACGUUUUCUUCUAAUCUUUUCCUGUGCAUGUAAAUUUGUCAAGUAUUUUUUUUCAAAAUUGGGAUAAUAGUGUGUAAGUUUAUAUCCUGCAUUUUACUUCCUUAACAUCUCAAGCAUUUCCCCAUGUCCUUAAAUAUUAUUCAAAAAAGUCAUUUUUAAUAUUUAAAUAAUAUCCCAUCAUGUUGGUCGACCUUAGACCAUUUCCGUAUUGUUCAACAUUUUGUAUGCUAUCUUUUCACAGUUACACAUACUACAGUGAGCAUCCUUGUGCAGGUAUGUUGGCAUUUUUCUUUAUUUCCUUAGAGUAAGUUACUGGAAGUGGGAUUACAUUUUUAAGUUCAAGAUGCAAAUUCUGUCAAAUUGCCCUUCAGAAAAGGGUUCCUUACCAUCCUUUCUGCAGAAGAGGAUAGCAUUAAAAUACCUCAAAGACUCCUUAAGUUCACAUUGUAUCAUUAGAACGGCACAUGUCAACUCAUGGAAAAUCAUCUCGUGUUAUGUCAAUAAAUAUUUACUAAGCUGCACAACAAGUCUUAGCCUGACUUCCUCAAGGAGCUUCUAGCAGUCUCACAUCUGUGUGACCCAAAGGUGGCUGGGAGAGAUAUGGUUGUCCUUGGUAGAAGGGCCCCCAUAUUGGUGUUAUCUUCUGGCCACAAGGGAAGGCUGUGUACUUCUGGCAUGUGCUGUGUCAUACAUGUUCCUUGAAGUGGGAUUGAUAUGAAUUCAGAUGAGGACGUAGAAAGGCUUUGAGGAAUUUAGUUGUUGGUGGCAUGUUUGUGUUUUAAUAAUGGAAAAAUUCCUUAUUGUUCCCCUAAAGUAAAUUCACAUGGCUUCUUGAAGAGAUCAGCAGUUGCUUUACUUGUUUGGUUUUUUAGCUCUCACGUUAAGAUGCUGCAUAGCGUGUAUCUUUAAAACUUAUUUUAUUUUUAGAAUCUAAGAAUGAUCUUAUAUAUUUAUGAAGAUCUUGCAAGUUGGGCUUGACGUUAUGGGGAAAAGGGGCUCCCUAGAGAUCAGUUAAUUAUUUGUUUCAUGAUCUGUGGGAAAACUUGUGCUUUUCCACAAGGGGACUUAUAGUGGCGUAAGUCUCUUUACAGAAAAAUAUCUCCCUGGCUGGCUUUGGAGCCCUGGUGGCACAGUGGUUUAGAGAUCAUCUGUUAGCCAAAAGGUCAGCAGUUCAAAUCCACCAACCACUCCUUAGAAACCCUAGGGGGUAGUUCUACUCUGUCCUUUAGGGCCACUAUGAGUUGGCAGCAGGUUUGGUUGGCUGGCUUUAGGCAACCAUCUUUCAUUCCUGGUCCAGACUGCCCUUUGUGGUAGGAAAUAGACGAUGAGUGAGCCGGCUUGGUCUUUUCUCAAGAAAAGGGAUUUGGACCUAUGAGCCCUGGUGGUGCAGUGGUUAAGCGCUCAGCCGCUAAUCGAUAGGUCAGUCGUUCAAACCAACCAGCCGCUCAGUGGGAGAAAGAUGUGGCAUUCAGCUUCCAUAAAGAUUACAGCCCUGGAAACACCAUGGGGUAAUUCUACCCUGUCCUAGAGGGUGGCUAUGAGUAGGAAUGUGACUUGACACCAGUGGGUUUGGUUUGGUUUGAUUUUCUCUAUCUCAAGUCCACUCCCAAAGAGAUGGUUUUCUGUGCAUUCUUGGAGAGAAAUCCUCAUCUGGGGUCCCAUGUGCACAUGUCUUUAAUGCUAUCACUAGUGAGUAGCUGUUAGUCUGUUACCUGCUUUCCACCUUCCACCCUCCCCACCCGUUAGUUGUCAUCAAGUUGGCUCCCACUCAUGGGCUUUCCACAUAAAAUAAAUGAAAUGUUGCCCAGUCCUGCACCAUCUUCAAGACACUGGUAUGCUCGAGUCCGUUGCUGCAGCCACUGUGUCUUUUGAGUGCCUUGCUCAACUUUCUGCACUACAUUGGAUAAUAUUCUGUUGUGAUCCGUGGAGUUUUCACUGGCUAAUUUUUGGAAGUAGAUUGCCAGGCCUUUCUUCCUAGUCUGUCUUAGUCUGGAAGCUCUUCUGAAACCUGUUCACAAUAGGUGACCCUGCUGAUAUUCGAAAUACCAGUGGCAUAGCUUCCAGCAUUAUACCAACAUGCAAGCCACCACAGUAUGACAAACUAACAAUUGAGUGGUCAGUCACCACCGCAGCAAGCUGUUUUGUAUUGGGUACAUGUGCUUCUUCUAGUCUCUUUCCCAGGACUUUCCACCUGCACUGGUGCAGACUGAUUCUGCUCCGCCUUAUCACCACCUGAAUCUAUAACUGUUUGUGGGGCUCUCAGAAUGAUUAAGCUUGUCUUUAUUUUGACCGUAAUGCUUUUAUUUAGCUAUACCCUUCCACCGUGGCUAUCUUAUUCCUAGAUGACUUUCUCUUUGAACACAUCGUUGACUCAGCCGAUCACAGAAAGCACCCAGAAUCUUGGGCUUAGUUCUUCUGAACAGAUAGCUUAUUGAAUUAUCUUUCAGUCACAGAAAACUUCUGAACUAGCCUUGGGUUAGUCUUGCCCUUAAAAUAUUUACACAUUUAAACACUAUUUUAUUACAGCUGUCAUACCAGUCCCGGCUCCUCUCAUAAUAUAUAGUAAAUUUGGGGAGUAGAGGAUGAAGAGUUUGUGCUGCCCCUGUGCUACAACCCUGUCCUCAAUGUGCUCACUGAAAGGUGCGCUCUUGAGGGGCUAAAAAACUUGAGUUAGACUCACUCAAGCUAACCAGCCUUUGCAGAGACAAAGCGUCAGGGUGGAACCAGACUCCUGGUGCUUAGAGUCAGGGUUUGGGGAAAACCUGGCUUCAGGAGGAAAAAAAUCUUAAUCAGCUCAACUUCUUCAAAUUCCCACCCAGCUUCCAAGCUUAAGGAGCCCUGGUGGCACAAAUGGUUAAGUGCUCAGCUGCUAAAGGUUGAUGGUUCAAACCCCUCCAAUGGCUCUGUGGGAGGAAGAAGUGAAGAUCUACUUCCAUAAAGACUGUUGUUGGGUGCCAUCAAGUAGCGACCUCAUGUGAUAGAGUAGAACUGUAAUCUUUACGGGAGCAGAUAGCCACGUCUUUCUCUUGCAGAGCCACUGCAAACCACCAACCUUUCAGAUAACAGCUGAAAGCUUAACCAUUGUGCCGCCAGGGUUCCUUCCGUAAAGAUUGCAACCAAGAAAACCCCAUGGGGUAGUUUUACUGUCCCAUGGGGUUGAAUCUACACAAUGGCACCUAACAAUAACAAAGUUACAGGCUUAAUCAGUCCACUUUCUAACUUUGCUCUUGACAGUGGAAUAAAAAUCUUUCCUUUAUUACCUCUUACUAAGAAAACAUUUUCUCUACUCGUUAAUUUCCAACAACACAAACCAUUCAGGAUAACAUUUUAGUUCUACAUAAUGCAAGCCUGAUCUAUCCUUCCAGCCUUUUCUCCCAGGAUUCCCCUGUCUGCAAGGCAGUGUGCUGUAGGGAAAGGCAUGGAGUUAGAUGAGUUGAGUUAGGAAUAGAGAUCCUGCUGCUUACUAACUGUGUAUAUAAUCUCGGGCAAGUUACUUUUUGGCACCUCAAUUUUCUCAUCUUUGGAGUGGGAAUAAUAAUGUCUACUCUUAGGGCUUGGAGGGGAAUGACAUGAGAUUAAAGAGGCUAAAGCACUUCACAAAUACAUCCCAUACAAUUUUUUUUUCUUUAAUAAUUUUUAUUGUGCUUUAAGUGAAAGUUUACAAAACAAGUCAGUCUCUCACACAAAAACCCAUAUAUACCCUGCUACACACUCCCAAUUACUCUCCCCCUAAUGAGACAGUCCAGUCUCUCCCUCCACUCUUUCUUUUCGUGUCCAUUUCGCCAGCUUCUAACACCCUCCACCCUCUCAUCUCCCCUCCAGGCAGGAGAUGCCAACAUAGUCUCAAGUGUCCACCUGAUCCAAGAAGCUCACUCCUCACCAGCAUCCCUCUCCAACCCAUUGUCCAGUCCAAACCUUGUCUGAAGAGUUGGCUUUGGGAAUGGUUCCUGCCCAGGGCCAACAGAAGGUCUGGGGGCCAUCACCACUGGGGUCCUUCUACUCUCAGUCAGACCAUUAAGUCUGGUCUUUUUACCGGAUUUGGGGUCUGCAUCCCACUGCUCUCGUGCUCCCUCAGGGGUUCUCUGUUGUGUUCCCUCUCAGGGCAGUCAUUGGUUGUAGCCGGGCACCAUCUAGUUCUUCUGGUCUCAGGAUGCUGUAGUCGCUGGUUCAUGUGGCCCUUUGUGUCUCUUGGGCUCAUAAUCACCUUGUGUCCUUGGUGUUCUUCAUUCUCCUUUGAUCCAGGUGGGUUGAGACCAGUUGAUGCAUCUUAGAUGAGCCCUGGCAAUUUUAACAUUUUCUAACUGGCUGUUCACAAUCAUCGGUCACUUGAUUAGUUUCCAAGCCCUAUUUUCUACCCUCUAAAAAUUGAAUUUCUUCCAUCCUAAGAAGCAUGGGUUCUCUGUAAUUUUUUUUUUUCCAUAAAGCCAAUUCUCCUUUAUUCUGCUAUUACCUUACUUUUUUUUUUUAAUUAUCUUAACUUUUAUUGAGCUUCAAGUGAACGUUUACAAAUCAAGUCAGACUGUCAUAUAUAAGUUUAUAUACAUCUUACUCCGUACUCCCACUUGCUCUCCCCCUAAUGAGUCAGCCCUUCCAGUCUCUCCUUUUGUGACAAUUUUGCCAGCUUCCAGCUCUCUCUAUCCUCCCAUCCCCCCUCCAGACAGGAGAUGCCAACACAGUCUCAAGUGUCCACCUGAUAUAAUUAGCUCACUCUUCAUCAGCAUCUCUCUCCUACCCACUGUCCAGUCCCUUUCAUCUCUGAUGAGUUGUCUUCGGGCAUGGUUCCUGUCCUGUGCCAACAGAGGGUUUGGGGACCAUGACCGCCGGGAUUCCUCUAGUCUCAGUCAGACCAUUAAAUAUGGUCUUUUUAUGAGAAUUUGGGGUCUACAUCCCACUGAUCUCCUGCUCCCUCAGGGGUUCUCUAUUGUGCUCCCUGUCAGGGCAGUCAUCGAUUGUGGCCGGGUACCAACUAGUUCUUCUGGUCUCAGGAUGAUGUAGGUCUCUGGUUCUUGUGGCCCUUUCUGUCUCUUGGGCUCUUAGUUGUCGUGUGACCUUGGUGUUCUUCAUUCUCCUUUGCUCCAGGUGGGUUGAGACCAAUUGAUGCAUCUUAGAUGGCCGCUUGUU